AACCCAGCACCGCGACACGGGUCUCUCCAUCCCAUUCCACAUUUUCCUUCCCCCUUCGCGCAAACACGCGCACUAUUUAUUUCCUCCCGCCGGCUAGCCGCGGCUGCUGCACCGCAUCGGCCGGAGAGGAGGAAGAAGCUAGCCAAAGCAAAGCAGGAGGGGGCCAACCCUGAUCUUGCUCGUUCUGCAAGCUGUGAAACUGUGCUCGCCACACGGGUACGUUGAUUGAUGGGGGUCAAGCCGUCUCCCGGAGUUCUGGAUGGGCUCUACGGGGUGCAGCUUGGCCGUCGGCCGUCGCCGGGCGACGGCGGCGGCGGCGAGGAGGAGGAGGAGGCUGUCAGGACGACCGUCGUGGAGUACUCGGCAAUCUCUGAUUCUGAAGCCAAGUUCGGGGACGGCACAACGCUGCAGAGAUUGCCGAUUAGGCGAUUGUGGCAGCACAGGCCCUCGUUCUUGAAGCCCGUCCAUUGUAGAAUCUCAUGCGGUGACAAGCAUGCUGGUGAAACUAUAGCUAAUGUAGUCACCUCGCUCCCCUUCAUUAUUCUCGGAAUGCAAACGCCAAGGACGAACUUAAACACGGCGCUCUAUGCGAAUUCGCUAGUCGGAGUAGGGAUAGCUUCAAGCUUGUACCAUUCCUCCAAGGGAGAAAUCAGAAAACUCCUGCGGUGGGCAGACUAUACUAUGAUAGCCACCACUACAUUGUGUUUAUCAAGAGCACUUCGGAAUGAGAACCCGCGAUUACUAAUGGCAGCAUCAGCAUUGCUCCUACCAUUUCAGCCUUUGAUGGUUUCAGUUGUUCACACUGGAAUGAUGGAGGUUUCCUUUGCAAAAAGAGCAUCAAUUGAACCAGAGCUCAGAAUGGCACAUAACCUGCACAAGAUGUCGUCUCUGUUAGGAGGCGCGCUGUUCAUCGCUGAUGAUUGCUUCCCAGAGACUCCCUAUAUCCAUGCUGCAUGGCAUCUCGCCGCUGCGCUUGGCAUCGGUACAUGUAACAAGCUUCUUGAGUGAUAUGAGGAACUGCUAGUAUCAAAAGUAGUUGACUUCAGUUACUCGGGAGGCCAGACAAAGGAAUUUAGCAAACAUCAAUUUGUCGACAUUAAGAACAAUUUACAGCAUAGGUUCAGACAGAAGAGAAGAUUCAAGCAUUUUUUAACUUGGAACAGAAUAGUGAUUUGCAUCUCCUAGGAAGGAUAUAGACAAGAAUGAGAUGCAUUAGAUCAGCUUGUGUAUGUAUUCUGCUAUUACUUUAUUUUGGUAUUCCAUUAUGACAAUGUCCUGAGUUGUCAUAAAUAGUUUUGAGCACAAGAUUAAUAAGAUGAAACAAGGGAUUCAAAAAGAAA